AUCCACCAUUCAUUGCGUUCGCGAUAGAGGAUUUGUUCUGCGACAUGUGGAAUUGAAUUGAUAAGAUUGGGUCGUCUUUCGGGUGUUGUGAUAACGCUAAACCGGUUAAUUGUGUCUGUGGGAUGAUAAAGAUUGUUGUGAUUGCUUGAAAACAAUGCCGUAUGGCUGGUGAAGGUGGUUAUUUUGCAUCCCAAAUUUCAGUGGUUGGCCGCUGUCACUUUUGUCAGCCUCUCACGGAAGAAGAGUGAUUUUUUCUUUGGUUUGUCGCGUGAAGAAGCUGCAAAAAUGCUGUAAAAUCACCGCAUUCGACAGCGAGAGAAAGUGCGCGAUACUGUGAAGAGACCAUCAGAGGCACACACAAAAAUUUGAAGAUCAAAGUGCUUUCUGUGCUGGCGCGAGAGACCUGAGGACAAGUGCUGUGGCCAUAGAUGAGCAGAGAGGCUGUCAGUGCGGAGUACAAGAUGGAGAGUCCGGGCGCAGCGGGACGGCGCCGCGGAGCGCCGCGAAUCAAUGCGGAAGAUCAGGCGCUCGAUCAAAUUGCGAAAGAGGCUGAGGCCAGAUUAGCUGCCAGACGCCAGGCGCGCGCGGAGGCGCGAGAGAUUCGGAUGCGGGAAUUGGAGAGGCAGCAGAAGGAGCAGGAACAAAAUGCUGACCGUGUGUUUGAUAUGCACAACAACUCCAAUGCGGAUGGAAUUGGGAGAAGUCGAAUCGCGAUAUCAUCCGUGGCAAAUUCCACAGGCAUCCGCAGUGGGAGCACGAUCUCGCGACGGAGCAGUGAGGAUUCACUGGAAGAGGAGGGACGAAGUCUCAGGGAUGUUCGAUAUGAACUCAAGGAAAUGGAGGAUCGCUUUCGCAAGGCCAUGAUCACGAAUGCUCAGCUCGAUAACGAGAGAGCUUCUCAGUCAUAUCAAAUACAGCUGCUUAAGGAUAAGUUGGAGGAGUGCGAAGAGGCGAAGGCGCAACUGAGUCGCGAGCAUAAGGACAAGUGUCGUGAGUUUGAGGCUCUAAAGCGGAGCGACGAGAAGCUGCAGGAGGAGCUGAAACUGGUGCAGGGACAGCUUCAGGAGCGUGACACUCUAAUUGCCGAGCAAGGAUUAGUAAUAGUGUUGGUGGAGAAUGAGGAUGGCACAGAUGCCAAACGGACUCUAGUCAGCGUAGAUAAUGCCCAGUUCUUGGAGUCUGUGCAAGGUUCUCUAGAUGUGCGACUGAGGAAGCUGAAGGAUGAGAAGAAUCAACUUCAGGCGGAACUGCAGAAGAUGCAAGAGCAAAUGCUAGAGAUGAAAACACAAGGAAGACGAUCAGGAUCUCUCAAUGGACCCUUUGGGGAUGACAUUGAAGAUAUACAACGAGAAGCAAAUAAACAAAUCACUGAAUACCGGUACAAACUCCAAAAAGCCGAAGCCGAAAUAGCGACACUUCAGUCCACCUUGGCCAGAUCAGAGACGCAAGUGAUUCGGUACAAGAGCACAGCCGAGGCGGCUGAAAAGGCUGAGGCGGAAUUGAAGAUCGAGCGGAGAAAAUUACAGAGAGAGAAUCGGGAAGCGAUGGAGCGACUUGAGGAACUGGAGACGGCAAAUAAUCAUCUGUUGAAAAGAAUGGAUAAGCUAAAGAAUGCGAAGAGCGCGUUGUUUAAGGACAUAUGAUAUCGCGAUAUGAGACAUAACUUUUAUUAUCACAUGUGGACGGUUGUCAUGUUUUCUGUGUUGGGAAGAGUUUUGUGGGGUGCGAGCACGAUGAGUGUGUUUUGAUAAGACAUGAUUUUCAGUGAGCAUUUUUUAAAUUUUCUUCUCACAAGUAAAUUCAAACUCAAUUGAAUCUCGCGAAGAAAAUGGCGUACAUUUGCAGGAACUAAUCACAUUUAUUUUCUCACUAAUCUAAUGUUUUUUUUUUGUAAAUGUUCUUUUAUUGUAAUUUGUACAAGAGUAGGGAGACUUUGUUAAAAAAAAAAUAUAUUUAUAUUCAUGUAUUUUGAAUGAUUAAUUUAACAAUUUUUGAUGAGGAGCAGAAGAACAAGAUAUAAACUUAUUCGUCACUAAAAACUUACCAAUAUUGUCGGUUGAUUUGCUGCGCAUUCUCUAUUUUGUAUUAAAUGAACAAAACGAAGUCAUGUAAUGUAAAAUUUUAAGCAACUUAUCUUACAUUUUACUCAUUCAUUGUAGAAAUAUUCAAAAUAUUGUUGCAAGUGAUUCUUUUUCUUUGAAUAUCAUAAAGGCAAAGGAAGUUUCUUUUUACAGCUUUGACACAUCCGAAAUGUUAAUGCGAACGCGCAUGAUUGAUGUAGCCAAUUAUUAAAGUCUAGCGUUAAUAGUUUUUACUUUUCAUAAUGUUUAUAGUAAGACAUCAUGGAUAAAAGUAAUUGAUAAACG